AUGGCGGCCAAAAACGAUCCACAUUCCCGUAAAAAAGUACCCAAAGAUGAAGCAAAGGAAAAGGGGCGUCUUCAAAAGGCUACCAAGUUUUCCGGUGGACUAAACAAGUUACAUCAGUUGAAGAAAAACGGUUUCAAAGAUGUCAGUUUACUAUCUGGAAUUGCAGAUUUACUAUACGUUAGUCCCGACUUUUUUACUCUUUGGAAUUACCGCCGCGAAAUACUGAUUGCUUACAAAAGUCAGUUAGAGGCACAAGAUGAAGAUCCAAAGUGGGACGAAUUCAACAGAAUUUGCAACAAUGAGCUAACAUUUACUGAAAACUGCCUCAAGGUGAACUACAAGUCGUACGGCACUUGGCAUCAUCGGUGCUGGCUGCUUACUUUUAUGAAAAACCCUGACCUAGAGAGAGAAGUUCAGUUGUGCAAUCAAUUUCUCCAAUUUGAUGAACGAAACUUUCAUGCUUGGAAUUAUCGCCGGUACAUCGUAAAACUUGCCAAAAUUGGUCCACUGGAAGAGCUAGAGUAUUCAAAGAGUAAAAUCAACGAUAACUUUUCAAAUUUUAGCUCUUGGUACUACCGAAGCUCAUUGCUCAAGUUGCUUUACGCUAGCGGUCACGAUCACUCUGCCAUUCAGUCAGAGAUUGAUGAGGAUUUCCAGCAAGUUCAAGAAGCAAUUUACACUGACCCUACCGAUCAGUCAGUAUGGUUGUACUUACGAUGGCUUUUUUCCAUAUUUUCCAAUGGACUUCAGUCACUUUCUUCUGAUUCAGUUCGACGCAAAGCUUCUAGCGUUGUUGAAUUAAAAUCAUUUAUCUGGUCAACGGUUUCGUCUAAUAAAUUCAUCGUAGCCGUAGAACUUUCCCAUCUUCUUCAAGAACCACCUGAAAUGAUGCUUUCAAUAAACAACAAAGCAGUUACAUUGACCCAAUGGAGAGCCGCAAAUGACUUUACUUGGCACUGUGAAGCAGAAUUUGACGGUGCAGAAUUUCAAGACGAAACAGAAACAGAGAGUGUGUUUGAAUGGCACUCUGAGGCUACAAGUCAAGUUCUCCAGUUCAACUGGCCCAAUCUGACUUUUACGCAUCCCAAGGGUCCAGACGCUCAAUCAUCAGAUUUUGUGUGCUUUGUGUACACCGGUGACCACUGUCAGAAUUCAGUUGGCAGUGUUGACUUGAAAAAGUACCAGUCCCUCCGAGAACUUCUUGAACUGGAGCCCGACAACAAAUGGCUCAACUUUACGCUGGCAUGGCUCGAGUCCAAUGAUGACGCCAUGAGCAGCAUCAUUGACAAGUUGAUUCAGAUAGACAACCUUCGAGAGAAUUACUACCGAGACCUGCGUAGCAAAAUCGUGUUUGAGAAAUACUUAUCCGAGCAAAGUCACAUCCGUCAGCUGUCACUUUCGUUGCCAAACUUGCGCCUUCAUUCACUGCGCGCAGCUAGCCGCCUGAUGCAUAUUCAGCACUUGGACUUGUCAAACAAUGACCUCAUCAAGUUUGGUGUCACUUUUUCAUCCUUAGUUUCGCUAAGGUGUCUUAUUCUGGACUCCAACUCGGUAUAUCUAGUCGAUGAAAAGCUCAGCUUGCCCAACUUGACCAUCUUGUCAUUGGCGAAAAACCGCAUCAAUAAGUGGCACCCAAUCAGCGUUGUGUUGAGCAAUUUCAAGAAGCUAAAGCACUUGGCCUUGUUUGGUAAUCCUUUUUUUGACGAAGAUCGUGAUGCUAGAGUUGCUCAGUUGAUUGAUGCUGUUGGCCAUCGAGAGUUGACGGUUUAUUUGGAGCAAAGUGAGGCGACAAACAUAUCGAGCGUAAUCGAAACGGAGUUGCGGGGUAUUGAAAAAAGACAAGCAUCUGUGCAGAUGAAGCUAUACAAAUGUGAAAUCUAA